CUUUUCGAGUUUCUCUGUCACCUUCCUGCACCGUGUGUCGUCUCACGGGGCGUCGGCUGGUGAAUAUCCUCACUUUUCUCAAAUAAUCUUUUCUUCUUCUUUGUCGUUUACAUAUACAUAGUUUUAACUCCAAAAUGUUGAUAAGAAGAAUACCCUGGAGAGUGCUUUCUUGCAUUGCUCUUGUUGUGUUUUCUUGUACCAUUGAGAUAACUAAGGCUCAAGAUUAUGACUCGCCGGAUACCCCGGCGGCGCCUCCACCCGAGCAAGGAAAAUGUGAUGGCAUUUUUGUCACCUAUAAUUUUAUGGGUCGAGAGAAAAUUUAUCCAUUGGUGAAGAACACUUCAGCGCAGGCGUGGUCGUUCAAGGCGAUGGCUACAGUGAUGAAUGCAGGGGCUUAUGAGCUGAAAUCGUGGAAGAUUUUAAUUGGUUUUCAACAUGAGGAGCUGCUGGUUUCAGUCGAUGGGGCGGUGGUUGCGAAUGGAGAUGGAGAUGGAUUUCCGAUUAAGGUCGGAAAGAAUGGGACCCUUUUUGCCGGAUUCCCACAGUCUGAUUUGGAAACCGCCAUUGACACUGCCGGGGAUUAUACUAAGAUGAUGGUGCAGGUCAAUAUUAAAGGAACGCUAUUCGGGGUGAAGCCUUCAGCCACUCCCAUGCCUAAGACAGUAAAGCUAGUCAAUGAUGGAUAUAAAUGUCCUGGAGCCACGCGUCGAGGAAGUUACAUGCAUGUCUGCUGUAAAAGGGAUCCUAAAUUUAAGGCUAAGAAAAUCAAAACCAAAUUCAUGCCUCGCCAAUAUGGAGACCUGUCCUUCACGUACGACAUUCUUCAGGCAUAUGAAAACAAAUACAUGGCACAGGUUACCAUUGACAACAAUCAUCCACUUGGUCGACUUGAUCAAUGGAACUUAACUUGGGAGUGGAUGAGAAAUGAAUUCAUUAACAGCAUGAAGGGAGCCUACACUCACAGAAAAGACCCAUCAGAUUGCAUUUAUGGUCCACAGGGACAAUACUACCAGGAUUUUGACUUCUCGACUGUAAUGAAUUGCCAGAAAAAGCCAAUUAUUUCCGACCUACCUCCUGAGAAAGAGAACGAUGACAAGGUUGGGAGAUUGCCUUAUUGCUGUAAAAAUGGCACCCUUUUGCCAAAUACUAUGAAUGAAACCAAGGCAAGAGCUAUUUUUCAGUUAGAAGUUCUCAAGCUUCCACCUGAUAUGAACAGGACAGCACUUUAUCCUCCCCAGAAUUGGAAAAUUGAAGGUUUGCUGAAUCCAACUUACGAAUGUGGCCCUCCUUUUAGGGUUGAUCCGACAGAAUUUCCAGAUCCCAGUGGAAUCGCUGCAACGUAUUCUGCUGUUGCAAGUUGGCAAGUUUCUUGCAACAUAACACAUCCCAAGCCGAAGCAUGCAAAAUGCUGUGUUUCUUUCUCGGCUUAUUAUGCUGAUUCUGUUGUACCCUGCAACACCUGCGCAUGCGGCUGUGAUGAUGAUGCAGGGUGCAAUCAAAAUGCUGCGCCAUUGCCGUUGCCUCCAGAUGCACUUCUGGUGCCUUUCGCUAAUAGGACGCAGAAAGCAAUAGCUUGGUCUAAACUGAAACACCACAAACUGCCGGCAAAACUGCCGUGCCCUGACAAUUGUGGGGUGAGCAUCAACUGGCAUCUUGACACUGAUUACAAAACUGGAUGGACUGCAAGAAUCACACUUUUUAACUGGGAUGAAAUUCCGUUCGUUGAUUGGUUCACUGCAUUCCAGUUUAAGAAGGCCUUUCCGGGAUACGAGAAAGUUUACUCUUUCAACGGCACCAAACUGACUCGACCCAGUAACACCAUCUUCAUGGAAGGCUUACCAGGAUUGAAUUACCUGGUAGGAGAGGUAAACGGGACUCACCCGGAUAGAGAUCCCAGAGUUCCUGGAAAACAGCAAUCUGUUAUUUCAUUCUUGAAAAAAGACACCCCCCAUAUAAAAGUUGCACAAGGUGAUGGGUUCCCUUCAAAAGUGUUCUUCAAUGGUGAAGAGUGUGCUCUUCCAAAACAACUUCCCAUAAGAAGUGGCGCCACCCGAUCCCCCAUCAGUAUGCUGUCAGCAAUUUUGCUUUCUGCUGCUACUUUUGUGCUGUUAUCGGGUCGCUUAAACUGAGAACACAUUUCAGAAUUUUCUUACCAGGGUACAAAAUUUGAGAAAUGAAAAUUAUUCCUUUUAAGCAUUGAUAAAGAACAAAGAUAUUUUCUUGAUUUUGAUUUAUAGAUUUAAUCCUUUCUCUGUCUUGGGAAAUAAACGGAAACGCUGUGAUUGACAAGAUAACCAACGGCAGGAUAUGCAACAAAGAUUAUCGAAGACUGGUUGGUUCUUAUCCGACAAGUAGAUGAAGGGACUGUAACAAGUUUGAGAUGUAUAGGAACUUGUGAUUGUUGUUAUGAAUGAUUAUAUUGCAUUUAGCUAUUAUUACAAAUUAGCAUUGAAUGUUUUAGCAUGUUGGUAAUGUUCAAGAGUCAAAAAGUACUAUUGUCAAUCUGGACUUGAACGUUCUUCACUAGUUAGUCUUAGAACUUAGAAAAUAGGUCCUUAUUUAGGAUCAAAAUCAGAUAAUUGAUUUUGGAGAAAAUCAGGAUUUUCGAUGAAUGCAUAUAUUUGAUUUCUCGGGGCUUUGCAUGAACCGUUCAUCAUACUCGACUUCUUGUUCCCAAACGCUCUUUCGCCUUUAUGUCACUUGGUUGGUCUCUCUACCAUUCCCCUGCUGCCUUCGAUGACGAGGCCAAAAAAUUUGUAUCAAGCAUUUUAUUGUCCUUCUUCAUCUACCAACUCACUAAGCCACUAUGUUAGGGGCCUUAAGCCUGAUGUAGGCUAUUUCUCUCUAGAUGAUGAAACUUAUCCCCCACAGUCUUGUAAAUAACUUCGUUUAACUCAAGCUAAUUUUGAAGUUAUUAUCUAUUCAAUGUGUUAAGUGACUAUCUCGUUUGAAAGCUUAAGGGGUUUGUACUUGUAAUCAAUAUUUUUGAAGGAACUCUAAUAUGCUUUAUCCUGAUUUGUACAUUUUCGAGAGUCUGUAACACUGUAAAAUUUCUAUUCACUUUAUCUAAAAAGUUGAGAGAGAGAUUUUUUUCUCAAAUGGCUGCACUUACACUAAUAUUUUCAUUGAUAUAUGGCCUAAUACUCUGUCUCUUUCUCUACCAUUUGUGUAUGUCAAGAGAACAUUUCAGAUCAGAAGGGGGAAUCGAGGGAACUAAGUAAGAUCCGAGAAUUGAUACCUGUGUUUAAUCUGGAGUGUUAGGGGGAAUCUACACUUCAAAAUUCAAAUCCCAUUGCCCAAAGUGCAAGAAAUGAAAAUUCUUGAUAAUGAUGAAGCAAAGUAUAAACUCCCUGAAUAAGAUACUAAAAGAGAUCAAGACCAGCACAGUCUUGUUGAAUAAAGUGGUCAUAUGCUUUGUGCUGGAAGCCAAGAAAUCCCAAAGGG